CGUCAGUUUGGAUUUUCGAGCUGUAAGCACGAGCCGAGCGAACGAGUGUCAUUUCGGCCCGGGAUGCCAUGCCCGAGGCCGCCGGUAAUUCCUCCGGGAAGUCGUUCCUUCAACGGGCGUCGAGCAAGGUUCUCCGCUGGUUACGCCGCUCCCUGCGGACGAGCCACCAGGUCGACGGUCAUGGCGCGGAAACGGGACCGGAACUCGACGAGGAGAUGGAGAAGGUUUUCGCAAUGGAUACAGGAGAGAAGUUCGACGUAGCCCGACUCGGUUCCCCCUCAGAAUCGGCUGGAUCCGAUCGAGAACGAGAACGAGGACCACCAUCGCGUUAUGGAGAUCGUGACUUCAAUCAGCAUCGGAAAAGAAGUUACCCCCAUCCGCACAUGCCCUUGAAAAGCCUUCAUUCCAGGUCUAUGCGACGACAUCUUUCACCCGAAGGAUCGACAGCGGAAGCCGGGCAAGAAGAGGAGAACGGACAGGUUGUAACAGGAAAUGGCGGUGGACAACACGAGCUGGACACGAUGGACAAUGGAUUGUCGCCGACGAGCGUGCAGAACGCCGAUGACGAGACCACGGAAGAAAUGGAGAAUGUUGUCAGCAGCGAGAGCGAGGCGCCGAUUUCGGAAAGGGCCGCUUCCUGUUUCAGCGACAGCCCGACCGUUGGCAGCCCGCGCGUGCAAUUCGAGAAGAUCAAGGAGGAGGAGGUGCACAGUUUCAAAAAGGACGAGGUGGUGCCGAGUUGCCUAGUCGGUGCGUCCGCGAACCACGAUGAGGAUCGAAAGUGUCGAAGGCAUCAGAAACACGAGCACAAAAGACAUCAUCACAAAUCGCGAAAAUACUCGCUCCAAGAGGAUCCACAAUGGAGGAAACGAUCGGGAGCUGGCCUCCCGGAUGGGCCGGGUGUGCUUGCAAGGCGAGUGAGCGUACAACCGGAAGAGGCAAGCACCCUUCAAGAGCUGGACAUCGACGACCUGGAAUCGCACAGAAGCGACGAUCCCCGUGGUAUGAGGCGUCACAAGGCGGCCCACUCGACGGUCCAGAUCGGCCGGAAGAAGGAAGGUGGCAUACCCCAUGACACCUUCAAAAAAAUGUACGACCAUUCUCCGCACGAGGUGUUCGUCCAGUUGGACGAGCUGUACGGGAUCGGCGAGGAAAGGGAGUGGAGGGAAACGGCCAGAUGGAUCAAAUACGAGGAGGACGUCGAGGAAGGAGCGGACAGAUGGGGCAGGCCCCACGUAGCUUCCUUGAGCUUCCAUUCCCUGUUGAAUCUCCGUAGAUGCCUCGAGACAGGUGUAGUUCUCCUCGAUCUCGAGGAAAAGGAUCUGCCCGGCCUGGUAUAUAGGGUGGUCGAGCAGAUGGUGAUCGAGGAGCUGAUUCUACCGGAGGAUAGGCCGGUGGUGAUGAGGGCGCUGUUGCUUAGGCACAGGCACGUUCACGAUCACGAUCGUGGAUUCCGUUUCGGCGGGAAACGGAAUUACGCCAGCUACACGAGCUUGCAGUCCGUCUGUCUGGAGGAAGAGGACGCUGCGCGGGAAGCCUCUGAGAACCAUGUAACCCAACAUGUAAAUCUCUCGUUUCCCGACUUAAAAAACGCAGAAUUUACAACUUUUACCGCUAGUUUACGGCUUGCCCACCAUCGAUCAUGUACAGAACGUUCAACGAAAUUACGUUUCAUUUUCGUAGCUCUUCUUGCCGGCGAAGAAGAAAAGAAACCUCCCGACGACGAUGAUCCACUUCGAAGAACUAAACGUCCAUUUGGCGGUCUUAUUAACGAUAUCAAGAGACGCUAUCCUUUCUAUCUCUCCGAUUUUACCGACGGUUUGAGCUCGUCUUGUCUAGCGGCAGCCAUUUUCAUGUACUUUGCUGCCCUCUGCACAGCCAUUACUUUCGGCGGUUUGAUGAGCGACAAAACGCAUAACGUUAUCGGCAUAUCCGAGACCCUGGUUUCUGGUUCCUGGACUGGCGUAGUGAUGGCUUUAUUCUCCACCCAACCUUUAGUCAUCAUUGGCACGACCGGCCCUUUACUGCUCUUCGACGAAAGUUUGUACAACUUUUGCCUGGCCAAUGAAUUGGAAUUCUUAACCGUGAGAGUUUACGUCGGAGCAUGGAUGGGAAUCAUAGCUCUAGCGAUCGCCUGUGUCGAGGGAUCCGUGCUGGUCAGACUGUUCACACGUUUCACCGAAGAAAUUUUCACAGGCUUAAUCUCCAUUCUAUAUAUCGUUGAAACGUUUAUCAAGCUGUACAAUUAUUUUGUGAAAAAUCCAUUGCUUGACGAAUACAGUUUUGUUCCUGAGACGAACAAAACGUUUUACGAAGGGCCAUUAAAUGUUACAGAGAUCAACAUUGUUUCCCCAAAGACCGGCGAGACAAUUGGUAUUCCAUUGACCGAGCCUCGAACUUUGAUACCAGCGCACAACGCGGCUGGAAUAUUGAUAAAUCAACCGAACACCGCCCUCAUGUGUACCAUUUUGUGUCUCGGUACUUUUCUCGGUGCUUAUUACUUGCGUAUUUUCCGCAACAGUCAUUACCUCGGGCGAAGUGCCAGAAGAGCGUUUGGUGAUUUUGGCGUGCCCAUCAGUAUUGUCGUAUUUGCGUUGAUCGAUUAUCUGGCUAAAGUAAAAACGGAGAAAUUAUUGGUCCCGGAAGGUCUAACCCCAACCCUACCUGGUAGAAACUGGAUCGUAUCACCCGCCGGAGUGCAUAAACCUAUUCCACUAUGGAUGGCCAUGGCUUGCAUCGUGCCAGCGUUGCUGGUUUAUAUACUUGUUUUCAUGGAAACUCAAAUCUCCGAGCUAAUCAUCGAUAAAAAAGAACGAAAAUUGCGAAAAGGUAACGGCUAUCACAUGGAUAUAGUAGUAGUGUGUUUAAUGAAUGUCGGUUGUGGUUUAAUGGGCGCUCCUUGGUGUUGCGCCGCCUCCGUUCGAUCGUUAACACACGUCUCGGCGGUGACAGUUAUGUCCCGUACUCAUGCACCCGGAGAUAAACCGCACAUUGUCGAAGUGAAGGAGCAGAGAGUGAGCGCUCUAUUAGUUGCCGUGUUGAUCGGCGUAAGUGUGUUAAUGGCGCCACUAUUACGACGCGUACCAAUGUCCGUCCUUUUGGGGGUGUUUCUCUACAUGGGUAUCUCUUCGACGAACGGCGUUCAACUGUUCGAUCGUGUGAAGCUGUUUUUCAUGCCAGUGAAACACCAUGGCACGGCUAAUUACGUACGGCGUGUGCAAACGUACAAGAUGCACAUCUUCACCCUCAUACAAAUUUUGUGCCUGGCUAUACUGUGGAUUGUGAAAAGUACCAGGGCAGCCUUGGCACUUCCGUUCUUCCUGAUUCUUAUGAUACCUUUACGGGGUCAGAUGAACCACUUUUUUACUGCGGCAGAGCUACGGGCACUCGAUAGCAAAGGAUCGGAACACGAGAGUACCGAGGAUGAACCAGAUUUUUACGAGGAAGCUCCGUUACCUGGUUAGAUAGUGCCUUAUUCGACUUGUCCGAAAAAAAAAAUACCUCUCCUCUCCUCUCCUUUCCUCUCUUCUCUUCUCUUCUCUUCCUACAUUGUUUUCUUCCCAGAUUUCAUUUUUCAUUUUUUUUUUUUUUCUUCAAAGAAUCACGCUUUCUCCGUUACUUAUUAUUAUUAUUAUAUCGAAGCGAUUCUAUAAUACUAGCGCAAAUUCUUGAGAAAAGAUCUCUAUUUUCGUGAAAGAGCAAAAUAUGUAUACCAAUGAAUUAAGAGAGGAUAAUGAAUUAAGGACGUAGAUAAGGGUUAAUAAAAGGAUUUUGAUUCCCAACGGUGGUGUUAACUCGUUGAAUUCGUAAAAAUUAUUUUGUACUACAAAAUUUGUAAAUAAUCAAUAAUGACAUUAGAACAAGAAGAUGAAAUGAGAAAAUGUAUUUUAUUGUGCAUAUAUUGAAUACAUGUAGGUACUUGAAUUUUAUUACAUUUUAUUAAAUUAAACGUAUACGUUAAAUGUUAAUUGUUUGAAUUUAACAAGGGUUACAGACUGAUUGAAAUUAUUGGUAAUUUUUUCAUAGAAAAUAAUUUAUUAUAUAUAACAAAGUAAAACAUAUGAUAUUCAAUACCUACAUUUUAUCUGAUAUAUUCAUAAUCAAUACUUGAAAAUUCGUUUCAUCUAUUUUCGAUUUCGAUGGGAUAAAAAAAGGUGCCUCUACAGAACGGUGAUGAACGACGACACAUUGCUCAGGAAAAAUUUAGGCGUAAAGGCACGAGAUACGAGAGUGCCAAAUCAAAAGGUCGUAAAUUACAAAAUGGUGCUGGUCCGUCUAUAGAGAAAUAAUGUAGGCGAAUUGAAAACUAAAUCUUUUAUAAGAAAAUUGUCCGAAUAGUUAUCAUUAGCUGUUCUCAUUAAUUAAUAUUAUAAAAUCUAGUUUCUUUGGGACCGUAUAACUCAUUUCGUGCGAAGAAUUACAAUCAUUUAGCAAUAUUCAAUAAAUCUGUGCUUUAACAUUAUUUUCUUAAAUGAAAAUAAUAUUUUAUAAAUAUCUCAAAAUUGAACUUAAAUUUUACAAAACUAAAUAAUAACAGAUUUCAUUAUAUUUUCGACAUAUGUACUUAAAAGUAAAAUUUAUUAUAUAUCGUCGAUUGUAAACUCAUCUCUUUUU